AUGCGAGCAGCCAGAAAUCCGGACGCAAUACCAACUCAGUUUGCAGGAGUUAAGCUGUUUGUUGAUCUAUCUUCAGCAACGUUAGCAAAACACAAAGAAUUGGCACCAGUGACGAGAGCAGUGAGAGAUGCUGACAUUCUCUACAAAUGGAGUGGAACACUAGAUCCAUACAACGGCAGAGGGAGCCCAGCUGCUAAAAGAAUGGAACCUACCCAUCGUUCUACCAGAGAAAUCAGAACCAUCAACUGGCAGCCGCAAAUCACCCGCCAAGAUUGCCAGAGAUUGGAUUACCCUACCUAG